AUGGACGUCCACGUCGUCUCCAAAUCCAACAACAGCCAGCAUGCAACCUUCUCACUCCCCACCCCAUCAUCCCAGGAGAACCCUCCCCUAAAACCAUCUUCUGUGCGCGUGCGCGCAACCCUGCUGGGCCUGACCUCUAACAACCUCUCCUACGCCCGCGGCGGAACCCGGCUGCACUGGUGGGAUGCAUACCCCGUCCCACCCACGUCCCCGGCCCCAUACAACGACUCCUCAGAAUGGGGCAUCGUGCCGGCCUGGGGUCUUGCGAGCGUGACUGACAGUUCCAUUCCUGAUCUGCCCGCGGGGACUACGCUUUACGGGUUCUGGCCGACAUCGGCACUUCCUGUAGAUCUGGAACUACGGCCCGCCGAGGCAGAGGCAGGGGCAGGGGUACGGGGGCACUGGAGGGAGGUUUCAUCGCGCCGGAGCAGUCUAAUGGCCCUGUAUAAUCGGUACAGGGUGUUUGAGACGGGUGGGAAGGAUCUGGAGGAGUUUGGGUGGGAUGUUACGGUCGGCGCGAUUAUGAUGGCCGGGUAUGUAUUGAGCGAGUAUGUUUUCACGCCGGACCCGGUGAAUCAUCCGCCGGUGCAUCCGUUGACUGAGAGCGAGGAGUGGACGGUUGAGGACGCGGAUUUGUCCAAGACGGUGUUUGUGAGUUUGGCGGCGUCGACCAAGACAGCGCGCACGGUGGCGUAUAAUUUCUUCUGCAGGCCGCGGAACACGGGCCCGUUAGCGUUUUUGCAGGUUACGUCGAAGCCGAAGGAUAUCUUGGAGGCUGCGGAGAAGUUUAUCCCACAGUUUCCGGUUGGGGCGAUUGCGUAUGAGGAUGUUGUUUCUUCUGGGAGGUGGAUUGCGAGACUGAGGCCUGAGAGGGUCGUUGUUGCGGACUUUGGGGCGCGGGAUGGAGCGUUGGACGGCCUUGUCAAGUCUAUUGAGAGUACGCCCGAGUUGCAGUCAAUUAAGGUUACGGUUCUGGCAGUAGGGAAUCAGCAAAAGGUCUACACUCCGGAGGAACUCCAGGCCUCGCAAGAGCACUUCGUCUCUCUCAACAAGCUCCAGAUGAACACAUCUCCAAUCCAAGAAACCGCGGCAAGGCACCGCGGCCUAGGCCUUUACCAUGAAGAGCUCCAAAAACGGUGGGAUCACUGGCUCAAGAACCGCGAGUGCGCGGCGCCCGAUUUGAGUCUUGUCUGGGGCAGGGGGAUAGUCGGAACGGAGGGGAUGGAAGGGGGCUGGGAGGCAUUAUGCCAGAGUAAGGUCCGGCCAAGCGAAGCCUUAGUAUACCGGGUUUAA